AUGGUUCGCGACCCGACGGACAAGGUCGUGGCUCUGGAAAUCGUAAGUCGGUUGAGAGACGAGUGCUUCAAGGCGGGGCGCCCCGUCACCCUCGCGCUCUCUGCGUUUCCGCGAUCCACGCAGCCGCUUCUCGACAAAUAUCUCAACAAAAGGCUUUCUGAAGAGGACCUCCAGGUGGCAGUGAGCCAUUGGUCCAAGGGUCGCUUCGAGGAGAUGGUUCCGCUUUUGCAGUACUGCCGCGACUCGGGCGUCCGCCUCUUCGCGUGCGGCGUGCCUCCUAAGGCGGAGUGCAAGCCCUCGCGCCCCAUCGACCGCCAGCGCUACGCCCCUCCCCUCGGCGGCUUCCCCGCGCCUUCGCCCUCCGCAUCAACCGACCAACCGCUUACCAGCUCCGCGGCGGCAUCCGCGACGGCGGGGCUGUGGGGGCUGGAGCCAGCGGCGGUGGCGGCGGAGGUGUACUCGCGGGAAGCCGUUUCGCGAGCGUCGCUGCCUUUCGGCCCGGGGCCGUACUGGUUCGCGCAGGCGCGCGUGGUGGAGCAGCACGCCGUGGCGCGCAGCAUCGAUCAGGCCAUGGCGGACGGCGGAAUCGUCGGGCUGCUCGUCGUCCUCACGGGCGCGUCGCAAGUGCGCUACGGAGCGCAGGGGUCCGGAGUCCCUGCCCGGAUCAACAACGGGCAACUGAAAAUUUCUGCUGGGUCGCAACGAGUGGUCCUUCUCAACCCCGAGCGCCAGCGCAGCCGGGGAGACGAAAGCCACCCGCUAGUCGCGGAGGCGACGAAGCGCUUCCAGGGGCUGCGGGAGCGCGUGUACGCCGACCCGCGGUUCCUCCAACGGAUAGUAACUGAGGAGGCGAUCAGCGUCACGACGGCGCUGCUGGCGCAGUGGGAGAAGCGGCGCGAUCGAUUCUGGUCGGAGAUCGAAUACGUCGCGACGGACGUGCUGCGCGGCGUGAUCGUGAAUUUCUUCACCGUCUGGUUACCCGCUCCCACGCUCUCGUUCCCCGCCGCCUCUGCCGCCUCUUCAAUCGCGGGCUCCGCAGCAGCAGGAGCGGCUGGCGCAGCGGGGGCGGUGCAAGGGCCGGUGCAGCAGCUGGUGUCAGGUGUGGGUGCGUGGGCUGCGACGCUGCCGAAGAACGCGUUUCAGAGGGCGACGCAGCCGGGCAAGACUGGGGGCUGCAGCAGCGGCUCGCGUCCAUCCUCUUUACAAGCGGGAAGCUGUUCACUGUAG